AAGAUCAGAGAUUUAGUAAUAUAGAUGUAUUAUUUUCAAGUUUGUCCUCUUUGACUUGCAAUUUUCAUGCUAGAGCAUAGUGCUAGAAGUUACAGGUGUGCUUUGUUUUCUUGAUGUUCUGUUUUCUUUUUAACUUGUUUAAUUCUGAUGGCCACUCUCAACAUAUCCUGCCAACUGCUUGGUUUGUAGCAAUUGGGAAUGCUUUAGUGAUCUUUGUUUUGCAGACUUGUGUGGUGAGAAUAAAUCAAAUCAACUAGCUGAAGUGGUGUAUUUUAAUGUAGUUAACUUAUGUGCAUCUGUCUAGGAUAAUACACUGUUUGGGUAAAGGUGAAAGAUAAUUUGGGGAUGUCAGUUAAUUUCCAUUUGAGGUUGAAAAGCUUAAACACUAAUGACCUCUCAUUUGGUCUGAGCUAAUAUAUGAUGAGCCGUUGGUUAAAGUUCAGCAGUUCAAUCGAAAGGUUAAUUUUUAACCAGCAGAAGAAGAAUGCUUUUCUUUCAAAAUGGAAAAAAAUGCAGCAUUGUUUCAGAGUUUCCCUUGCAUGCAGCUUGCCAAAGGGCUCUAGGUUUCGGAGACCAGAAUGAAGGAUACUUUAAAGAAUGGGAUUCCAGGCCUUUGUUAUGAAGAACUGUCAGAGAACAACAUACCUGUGGAUGGAAGACUUCAAAGCAGAAGUGACAAGACUAAUGAAACCAAUGUAACUGAUCCAGUACAAUCCCCACUUCCUAACAGCAGUUUUGAUAUGAUCUACAAAAUAGAAGAUGUUCCUCCUUGGUAUCUUUGCAUUUUGCUUGGAUUUCAGCACUACCUGACCUGCUUUAGUGGAACCAUAGCUGUACCCUUUCUGCUAGCUGAAUCUCUUUGUAUUGGGAAAGAUCAGCAUGCUGUCAGUCAGCUGAUUGGUACUAUCUUCACCUGUGUUGGAAUCACUACACUUAUUCAGACAAACUUUGGAUGUAGGCUUCCCUUAUUUCAAGCGAGCGCCUUGGCUUUUCUUGUGCCUGCCAGAGCUAUUCUUGCUCUCGACAAAUGGAAGUGUCCAACCGAAGAGGAGAUAUAUGGAAAUUGGACUUUGCCAUUCAACACAUCCCACAUAUGGCAUCCAAGGAUACGAGAAAUACAAGGUGCAAUUAUAAUAUCCAGCUUGGCUGAAGUGCUGAUUGGCUUUGUGGGCCUUCCUGGAGCUCUGUUAAGUUAUAUUGGACCACUCACUGUCACACCUACAGUCUCCCUUAUUGGGUUGUCUGUAUUCCAAGCAGCCGGAGAGAGAGCUGGAUCUCACUGGGGUAUUUCCAUGUUAACAAUUGUUUUGAUCGUACUAUUUGCCCAGUACCUGCGCAAUGUGAAUUUCUUAAUGCCUGCGUUUAGGCGUGGAAGUGGAUGCACAACAGUGAAGAUUCAAAUUUUCAAAAUGUUUCCGAUUAUAAUGGCUAUCAUGGUUGUGUGGCUAAUUUGCUACGUUUUAACGCUCACCGAUGUAUUUCCAAAAAAUCCUGAACAGUAUGGAUUCAAAGCCCGAACAGAUGCUAGAGGUGAAAUAAUGUCAACGGCACCUUGGUUCCGUAUGCCGUAUCCUUGUCAGUGGGGCUUGCCAACGAUCACAGUAGCUGGAGUGCUGGGAAUGUUCAGCGCAACGUUAGUGGGUAUCAUUGAAUCUAUAGGUGACUAUUAUGCCUGUGCUAGGUUGGCUGGAGCACCACCUCCACCUAUCCAUGCCUUAAACAGAGGGAUCUUCACUGAAGGAAUAUCUUGUAUCAUUGCAGGAUUAUUUGGUACAGGAAAUGGCUCCACAUCAUCCAGCCCAAAUAUUGGUGUCCUUGGCAUAACAAAAGUUGGUAGUAGACGAGUGGUCCAAUAUGGUGCAGUAAUUAUGUUGAUCUUGGGGACUGUAGGAAAGUUCACUGCCCUGUUUGCCUCGCUCCCAGAUCCAAUUCUUGGUGGCAUGUUUUGCACUUUAUUUGGAAUGAUCACGGCUGUUGGACUUUCCAAUCUCCAGUUUGUAGAUAUGAAUUCCUCCCGCAAUCUCUUUAUUUUGGGGUUCUCCAUGUUUUUUGGAAUAACAUUACCAAGUUACUUGGAUGAUAACCCAAAUGUCAUCAACACAGGUAUUCCAGAAGUUAAUCAGAUUUUGACUGUCUUGUUGACAACAGAAAUGUUUGUUGGAGGUUGUCUUGCUUUCAUGUUGGAUAAUACCAUUCCAGGUACAGAAAAGGAGCGUGGACUUGUGCAAUGGAAAGAAGGGGCACUUGCAAACAGUGACACAUGUGUAGAUGUAAAGACUUAUGACUUUCCAUUUGGAAUGACCUUAUUGAAGAAAGUUCAGUGUUUACAAUACAUCCCCAUUUGUCCAGUUUUUAAAGGUUUUUAUUCAAGGAAGAAGCGCAAUGUUGACGUGGCUGAAAAUAUAAAUGGAAAUGGUGACCAUUUUGUUGUAUGCACAAGAGUGUAAGAAGACUCUGUCUCUCUAUCUAUCUUAUUUCUGCACACACCACAGUGGCUGCACCACAGAAUAGCUUUCGCGUAAUUUACAUAUAGUACUUCUUCAAAUGACUGAGAUUAAAAGUUAAUCUUGCAUAAUCCAUAAUUGGAUCUUGUUUUAAACUUUUUAAAAGUCCAAAGUCUGUAUCAAUGAGGAUAGUGGUUAUUUAUAAUAAGAGGUUUUCAAGCCUUGUGGACUGAAUGAAAAGUCACAUUUCUCAUUAAGCCACUGUAGAUCCAUAAAGGCAGAUGUGAGACAAAGAAAAACUUUUCGUGCCAGGUUACCUUCGAUUGUUUUCUUGAACUCUAUUUCUAUUAAUUAACAAACAAAUAUGGUUAGACAGAAUUGACAAACAUAUGUGACAACUAAAACUUUCAGCUUCCUUUUGGAGUUUUAGUACGGAAUAAAUAUUUUAAUGUCACAAAAACUAUUUUAUACUCUAGUAUGUCAAACAACAUUUUAAUAAUGGCAGCUUGCUUUGGUGAAAUCAAAUAGUUCAUCAGUUCAACAACACUGUUCAUUAAUCUACAGUGAGUUUUCAUUCCUUGAAAGAAAUAUUGCACACCUUGUAAAUCCUAUACAUUUAAAGAAUAUUUUCUCCCUUUUUGAAGUGUUGUCAGCAUCAGUUAGAUUAAUGGCUGCAUACACAAGUCGUUCAUUAAAUGUAUUUUUAAUGUCUGUAUAUAUGAUAUUUAACUGUUAAAUUGUAUUUUCAGAUAUAUUCAGUUUUUUCUUUUGUUUAUAAUGUUCGUUUCUAACUGCCCGCUUUUGAAAAACUUUUAGUUCCAUACAUAGCAUAUGUGCUAAAGAUCAAAGUAUUUUUUAAUUGCUUGACACCAGCACAGUGCAGUCACUACAUUUACAUGAUUCCACCACUUGGAUAGAUGCAAAGCAUGUCGGCAUAAUCAUGCAUGAAAUUUGAGAAAUCUUCACUUAUUUUGGGAAAAUAUUAGGGUUUCACUUCUGGUACUGGUUAUUGCAUUGAGAAUGAAAUCAAUACUCAAUUUAAUAUUUAAUUUUGUGUCACAUUUCAAUGGAAGCAAUUCGACAAAUGUGGUGUUUUCAACAGUAAAACAAUUGUGAUAAGUUUAAUGUUAUUCCUACUUAACCGUCUACUCUACCAAAAAAUUGCGUUUGGGAUUGUUCUAGGAUCUACAUAACUUGAGUGUGGAAAGAGGCACCAGAAAAGUCUGUAUCAUGCUAGCUAUUUAUUUGAUUGCUACAAAGUUAGAUACAUUUGGGAUUGUCUUUAGUGUACGUUGUUUUAUGACAUUGAUAAUGGGAUAUAGAAUUUUAAAUGAUAAGGAUGGGAAACUGCUUCUGAAUGGAUAAAUAAAAUAUAAUGAAUAUUUAUUUCCUAUGUGCCAUAUCUAUAAAGCAUACAAUUCAACCAGAUUUGCUAAAACAUUCAUAUCUAACUGAUGCAUGUUUUAAGUAUCUUUUAUUAGAUCUACGAAUGAUUUUAAUGAUAAAAGUCACUAAUAAAUCUGAUUUUUGUUUAUCCUUGGAUGUUUUGAUAUGCAUUUCUAAAAAAAGAUGGACUGUAGGUUUUCAAAUUAUGUUAAAAUCAGUCUUAAUUGUGUAAUGUUCUUGUUUUUCUUUCUGGAUAACUGCAUUAUGGUGAUGCAUCAAAUUAAAGAUGGGAUUUUGUUAAUAGCAUUUAUUACAAGUCUGUUUCAUUGGAUUAUUAACUAAACUGACUGAUUAUGAAAUUAUGAAGCAAAGAAUUAACAACCUACUGGUUUGUUUUUAAUAAUGUUAAACUCCAAAUAUGUUUAAACCAUUAAUUUUGCCUGUAAAAUGUUACAAUUUUAUGUUGGUCUGCAAUUUAUCAAUAGAUUUGGGUGCAUUGCAUUUUCUCUGGCAGCCUGCAUUAUAGGGAAUGAUUUUGCACAAAUAUUGAUGCUAGGGAUCUAACUGCAACCAUGUAAUAAAUCAAAGAGCAUGUUAACAAUGAGAGAAAGGUACUAAUAUCAUAAAGAUAAAGAGAUUGUGCUUGAAAGGGAUAUAACAAUUCAGUUGAUAAAGCUAAAGGUUACACAAGUAAUAAGGACAAAAACAAAGUCUAUAUCUGAACAGAUAGUAUUCAAAAUAAAAUGGAUGAAAUGAGCAACACAAGUUGAUAGUUGCUGCAGAUUUUUAUGAUUGGGACCUUUAUGUUGAAAGGCAGAUGAUACCAGGGAAAAGGCGCAGGGUGCAAGUGUGUCUGUGAUAUUGGCUUAUUGUAAUCACGUGUACCAUGAUGCAAUGGAAAAAUAAUGUUGUGUUCUUUCCCGUUAAGGCUUAGCAUGCAUGGUACCAUCAAACCAUGCACAAUUACUGUAGGUAGUGCAAAGAGAAAAAUAUUCCUGAACCUGGUGGUGCAUGCAUUCAGACUUUAUAUCCUCUGCCCAACAGGAGAGGGGAGAAGAGGGAAUGACUAGGUCCUUCAUUAUAGAUGGACACAAAAUGCUGGAGUAACUUGGCGGGACAGGCAGCAUGUCUGGAGAGAAGGAAUGGGUGAUGUUUCAGGUCGAGACCCUUCUUCAGACUGAUCCUAGAUUAUGAUGGGCGCUUUCCAGAUGCAGCGGGAAGUGCAGAUGGAGUCGCAAAGUGAAAGAUUCAGGUUUGUAUGAUGAACUGGGCUGCAUCCACAACUCUCUGAUUUUCUUGCACUCUUGGGUAGAACAGUUGACAAACCAAGUUCCGAUGCGUCUGGAUAGGAUGCUUUCUAAUGAACAUCUGCAGAAAUCUGUAAGUCAUUGGAGACGCACUGAAUUUCCCUUGGCUUCUGUGGAAGUAGACACAUCAGUGUGCUUUCUUGGGUGCUUCCUUGUAGGGUCAAAUUUAAUUAAUGAAGCUCCAUGUGCAACAGCAUCAUCAUCAUCAUCAUCAUCAUCAUUGUUGAAAACAUCAACGGGAUCGGUGCCUUACAAUGCUAUGUACGACAGUGAUCGCAACUUCUCCUGAAGUGGACCAUGGGCUCAUCAGGAGCUCAUCCACCCUUUCACAGGUCUUGUUUUUGGCUCUGCUGGGGGUCAACAGCCCCCUCCUGACCUGGCAAAACAGGUGGGGGAUACGGUUUAGUCGCUGACUAUCCGACCAUGGAGCAGGUAGCACGGGAUUCCAUGGUACCCCCGACCUGACUAACAACAGAGGAUUCACCCAAGUUUGGAAAAGUAGAUAUUAAAGCAGCUUGGAUGGAGAUGAGACAGAACAAGAAAUCCAAUGAGAAUGAAAUUUUGUUAACGGUGCUCCUUCUCUUAAUUAAUGCUACAUUUCAGAAAUGGGUAGGGGUUCCUUGAUGUAGUAAUUCUGCCAUGCACACACAUGUCAAUCAAGCUUUGGAUAUAGAAAUAUUUCAGUUGCUUGCAUGUAAGUGUAAUUUGUCUAAUUUUAACAGAGACAGAUUUUGGGACAAGUUAGUUAUCAGUGUAGUCUUUGCACUUGCCUUAAAGAAAAUGUGGUAAUUUAACUGUGAAAUUGUAAUCAAGUACAUAUUUAUAUAAAAUAAAGCUACAGUCUCAUUGUCACUAGUAACUGUACCUUCAUUACAAUGGGGAAUCUAUCAAUUAUCUUAAAUAAUUGCAUUUGUAACCUUAUGAAUUAAUGAUAAUUGUAAUUUCCUUUUGAAUGCUUGGAUGAAGCACCCUGUAAAAUCAUAUUGUAAAAUGUCAAUUAAUUAUUUACAGCAGUUGGGAUUGCAAAAUAAAUCAGAAAAUUAUACAAUCAUUAUUAUGGGCAAGAUUACUUUCCUUGUUGGCUCAAUCAUCCAGAAACAAUUCUCAAAACAAAAAAGUUAUUCACCUACUGAAGCACCUACUUCCUUAAAUGUGUCUAGGGUGUUGUAAAUCAAUUUGAGAUCUUGAUGUUCUUUGGGGGAAGAAUUUCCUUUUUAUCAUCUUUGUUAUUUUCUUUUAAUUAAAUAUUCUGGAUGUAUCUGUUCCAUACUUUCUACAAGCUUUAUGUUUUUUUUGUGCUGGCUGUAAAAAUCAGAGACAGGGUGGUAAUCUAUGGAAUUCAUUGCCAAAGAGGGCUGUGGAGGCCAAGUCAAUGGAUAUUUUUAAGGUGGAGAUUGAUAGAUGUGUGGUUCGCACAGGUGUCGGGGGGUUAGGGGCAGAAGGCAGGAGAAUGGGGUUGAGAGGGAACAAUAGAUUAAUCAUUAUUGAAUGGCAGAAUAGAUGAUGGGCCGACUGGCCUAAUUCUGUUCCUAUAACGUAUGAACAUCUUGUUUUUCUCAUGCAACCCUAGAGAAAAGUUUUUUUUAAUGUUUGAAGCUAAUCAAAUAAAAUUUGAUUUUACCUGGAAUAGAUUGGGCUCAUAAUUUCAGAGUGAAAUUGGACCAGGUGCCUACAGUCAUAGCUCUGACCAUUUCCCAAUAUCGGAAUCGUACCAAUAAUGUUGUUCUUCAUUGUUUUGCCCAAAAAAACUUGGGUUGUACUCUAUAACUCCACAAUAUGACUGUCAUGCUUUGCUAGAACUAGAAUACCAAUUGUUGGAGACAUGAGACUGCUGGAGUCUUGAGCAAAAAACAAACCACUAGAGGGACUCAACAGAUCAAGUACCUUCUUUGGAAGGGAAAUGGACUGACAGGUUAAGAACUGACAUCAGAUACAUUCUUAAGCCUGUAGAAUUAACUUAAACAAUUAGUUUUCUUCAGCAUUUAGCUGCUGAGGUGCUAAUUCCAUGGAUUCCCCAUUGCUGACACCACUGGCAGCUCUCCAUUAUUGGAGGCAUGUUGUGACUCAAAUGUCCAUUCUCAAUGAGUCAGUGUUUUGGUCUUAUCUGCUGGAAUUUAAUUUGCCAGUAUUCCUGGCUUACUAUGAGUGCAAUUGGCCUUAACUGUACUUUAGACUUUACUUUAGAAAUACAGCACAUAAACAGACCCUUCGGCCCACUAGUUGAUCGUGUUGACCAUCGAUCACUCCAUCGAUCACCCCAUAUUCUAACCCUAUCCUACACACUAGGGACAAUGUUACAAUUUUACUGAAGCCAAUUAACCUACCACCUGUAUGUCUUUGGAAUGGGGGAGGAAACUGGAGCAGCCAGAGAAAACCCACACAGUCAAAGGGAGAAUGUACAAACUCCGUACAGCCAGCACCCGUAGUCAGGAUCAAACUGGGUCUCCGGUGCAGUAAGGCAGCAUUCUACCUACAGAUACGACGGGUUGCUAUGGCCAGAUGCCAAGCUAAGAGAGUGCUACCUUGCUUUUGUGUUGUAUGUUGGUUGCAUUUCUGAGAGGAUGAUGGUUAUUGAUUAAGUGAUUGGUAUGAGGGUUCAAAAGUCUCUCAAACAAAUAUAUAACCAGAAUUGGUUAAACAGGCACUAUGGGAAGAAGAAAUGAGAAGACAGCAGAUUGAAUCAUUCUUGACAUAACCACAGAAGGGAUUUAAACUCCCUUAGUGACCACUGAGCAUUGAGCUGAAAUGGUAAUAUUUUAGAAUCUGUUAUACUGUAUGCAUUGUAAAAAUUUUCCCAAUACUAUUUUACUAGAAUAGUGUAGAUUUGAUGCAUUAAAAACUACUUUUAACUGGAAAGAUACUUCCAGUCCAAACCUAAAUUAAACAGGAAUUUCAGAGUCCAUGUGUUUGAUGUGCUGUGUUUUUAUAUUUGCCCAAUAAAUUUCAGCUCUUAUUUUGUAGAAUAUGAAUUAGAGCGUUGGGAUACAAUUAAUUGAGUGAAAUUACAUCUUUGCAGAAAUGCGAACAUCUAAAACAUUUAGUUUAGAGAUACAGCGCGGAAACAGGCACUUCAGCCCACUGAGUCCGCACUGACCACAGCGAUCCCCGCACACUAACUCUAUCCUACACACUAGGG